GGAGGAGGCAGGCGGUGCAGCAGUGGCAACAUCCUGUCUCUGACUGGAAUCUUCUGCCAGUCGCAGCCUUCUCAGCCAGACGCCAACCAAGGUUCCCCGAAGACCUGAAACCAUUGUUUCAAAUUGGAAAAAAAGGAACAACCACUACCAUGAGAACUGCAGUGAUUUGCUUUUGCCUCUUAGGCAUCGCCUACGCCCUUCCAGUUAAAUACCAAGCUGAUUCUGGCAGCUCUGAGGAAAAGCAGCUUCACAGCAAACACCCAGAUACUGUGGCCACAUGGCUAAAGCCUGACGUAUCUUACAAGCAGAUUCUUCUAGCACCACAGAAUGCCGUGUCCUCUGAAGAAAAUGACAAGCUUAAACAAGAGACCCUCCCAAGUAAGUCCAAUGAAAGCCACGACCAGACGGACAACGUGGAUGAUGAAGACGAUGGAGACCACGUGGAUAGUCAGGACUCCGUUGACUCAGACGAUUUGGAUGAUGAUGAUCAUACCGAUGACCCCUACCAUUCCGACGAGUCUCACCAUUCUGAUGAAUCUGAUGAACUGGUUACUGGUUUUCCCACUGACGAUCCAGGAACCCCAGUGUUCACUCCAGCUGUGCCCACAGUAGACACUUACGAUGGCCGAGGUGAUAAUGUGGUUUAUCGGCUGAGCUCAAAAUCUAAGAAGAGCCACAAAUCUGUAAUCCAGUUUCCUGAUGCCACAGAGGAAGACUUUACCUCGCGUAUGGAAAGCAAGGAGUUGGAUGAUGCACACAAGGCCAUCCGUGUCGUCAAGAGCCUGAAGAGGGCUUCUGAUUGGGACAGCCAUCAACAGGACAGUCAUGAAACCAGUCAGCUGGAUGAUCACAGUGUGGAAACCCAUAGCCAAGAGCAGUCCAAAGAGUAUAAGCGGAAGGCAAAUGAUGUGAGCAGUGAGCAUUCCGAUAUGAUUGAUAGUCAGGAAAAUUCCAAAGUCAGUCAUGAAUUUCACAGCCACGAAGACAAGCACCGCCCAGACCCUGAGAGUGAGGAACAAGAUAAACACCUGAAAUUUCUCAUUUCUCAUGAAUUAGAGAGUUAAUUUUCUGAGGUCAAUUAAAAGGAGACCAAAAAAAUACAAUUUCUUACUUUGCUUUUAGUAAAUUAGAGAAAAAAAACAGUAGAGGGGUGGGAGAAAGUAUGAAAUGUUUAUUUCUCAGCUUAAUGCGUGAAUGUAUGUGUACGUGGAUCUGGAAAUAGAUAAAUGUUUUUGAUCAUUAGUUUAUGGCUUAUGCAGGGCUUGGCCUGUGUGCUUUCCCGGUAAGAAACCGUCACUGCAUUUUAAUGUUAUCCUUUUAUGAACAGAAUUUUAUGUAGAAGCAAACAAAACACUUGUACGCACUUAUAAAAGACAGUAUUAAAUUUUUUGUCACUAUAAUCUUUUCUUUAAUUCAGUGUAUAUUUUGUUGUGAUUACUUUUGUUUUUGUGAAUAAAUCUUAUAUCUCGAAUGUAAUGAGAGUUUGGUGGUGUGAGUUGCUUGUCUUACUUGGUUUCCCACAGUUGUUCAGCAAGUAAUAAAAUAUGAUCAUUUUAAUGAAGCUUUCGGACUUAGCAAAGAGUAAUCUAGGGCUUGCAGGAUCAAUUGGCUGAUCCUUGUCAAGGGGAUGGGGCCAAGCAGGGAUGGAUAUUCAGCCAGCACUUCUCCAGCCGCGUGGGUAUCUGGGGGCUGUUUCGGAAACCCUGCUUCGCCAAGGCUUUCUCCUCUUCAUUCACUGUCCUCGCAAGCCACAGUCUCUAACCGCAGUUUGCUCCAAGCCCGCCACCUUUGUGGCCCUUGGUCUCUAACUACAGUUUGUAUUUGGUGCCUGAUCUUUGCACAUGUGUGGGCCAGGAUCUUGGUGCACGUGCAGAUCUGAAGAAUCAUGUCCUUACCUGACCCCAGACCUGAGCAUCCCUAAAAAGAAGAUAUUCUCUGACACACAGCACCACCCAAGCCCCU